AUGAAAUCAAUAUUCAUAGUUUGUGCCUUGCUGGUGGCUAGCAUAGCUGCUCUGCCUAGUCAGGAUUGGACUGGCUUUAAGCAGCAGUUCGGCAAGCAAUACAAGAGCGUGGCUGAGGAGCAGCUGCGUCGUCUGGCCUUUGAGAAGAACGUGCUGCAGAUUGCAGCACACAACAAGCGCUACGAAGCUGGCGAAGUUAGCUUCAGCAUGCGCCUGAACCAGUUCAGUGAUAUGAGCCAUGAAGAGUUCUCCCAGCGCAUGCUGGCCAAGCUGCCUGAAAUUGGCGCUGUGAACGCUUCUGUCUAUCAGCCCACUCAGCGCAACUUGCCCGAUUGGCUGGAUUGGCGUGCUCAUGGCGUUGUUACUCCAGUAAAGAAUCAAGGAUCCUGCGGCAGCUGCUGGAGCUAUGGCGCUGUUGCUUCAAUGGAAGGACAAUGGGCACUGCGCACUGGCCAGCUGAAGCAGCUUUCCGAGCAGAAUCUUGUGGACUGUGCUGACGAAAGUUGGGGCAACUCUGGCUGCAGCGGCGGCUGGGCACACAAUGCCAUGUCCUGGGUUAUUUCCAAUGGCGGCAUCAACGAUCAACAUUUCUAUCCUUAUGAGGGUGUGAAGAGACAUUGCCGCUUCAAUCAUCAAUACCGUGCUGCUCAUAUGGGCUCACUCUGGACCAUCGAGGCGGGCAAUGAGGAGUCUUUGAGAUGGGCUGUUGCUAAUGAAGGACCCGUUUCGGUGGGCGUCUAUGUUUCCGAAAACUUCAAUCGCUAUGGCGGUGGCGUGUUCAACGAUUGGAGCUGCGGCAGCUGGCCUAACCAUAUUGUUACUGUUGUAGGCUAUGGCUGGGAUGCCAGCGGCGGCGACUACUGGCUGGUGAAGAACUCCUGGGACACCUGGUGGGGCGAGGGUGGCUACAUUCGCAUGUCUCGCAAUCGCAACAACCAGUGUUUGAUUGCUAGCUUUGCUUACUUCGCAAAGAUCUAAAAGCAAUGUAAUUACAUUUUGGAAAUAAAAUAAUUUGGCACAUUUUAA